GCUUUGAGAACUAGUAACCUUUAUGGAGAGGUUUUUUUUUAUAAGCCCUUUAUGGAGAGGUUGUUCCCUCUCUUGUUCUCUAUCUCCAACUCUUGAACUUAGCCAAUCCUAGACAUUAUGAAAAAAUAUUUUCAUUGCGAAAAUCAACAAAUUCCGUCAAUUGACUUAACAAGUGGAGACACGUCAUUGUACGACUCAAAAUAUCAACAUAGGAUGUAAUUUCUAGAAGAUAGAAGAUCAUAACGCAUUACUCAGAAGCCUCGAGAGAGGUCAGUGUAAUCAACCUAAACUAUACGUAGUUAACACAGUCACAUAAAAUAUUUCGCUCUUGCUUUCGAUUCUUGUUCUGUGCCGGCGGUCUCAAUCUUUACCGUAAUCCCACGUUCCCCUCAAGUUCCCCCGCAGUCCCGCACCGCCUGAGCAUGUGAGUUUAAGCUAUGCACUGUACUGAUUACUGAGAAUUUGAGAGAGAGAGAGAGAGAGAGAGAGAGAGAGAGAUGAGACUGGGCUUGGCACGUCCGUCUCUCUCUAUAUUCCCUCCCAUCCUCUCUCGCGCCAAUUCAGUACGACCCAUUUCCUGUUCAAUUUCCCCACCACCCACUUCGCUAAAACCCCAUACCCCACUCUUUCUCCGGCCACCCAUUUACUCAGCCACCCUAUCCGACCUCCAAAAAUGGCAACAAUGGGCCAAGAACCUCGCCUCCUCAGUUGGGUCCCACUUCACCGACUUAGACAACGGCCCCGACCCCACCCUCUUGCACAGAGAAAUCAACUGGCUCUUGCAAGACGCGCUUGAAAACCCCAAACUACGCUUAACCCACUUGGGUACCGACGACGGUGACACGGUUAUGAAGAUGAGGGCAGAAAUGGAAGAUCUUUAUACGUUAUGGAAGCAGAGGAUUGAAGACAGGAGACCGUUUCAGUAUUUGGUUGGGUGUGAGCAUUGGAGGGACAUGGUGUUGAGUGUUGAAGAAGGGGUUUUGGUACCAAGGCCUGAGACUGAGUUGAUUGUGGAUUUAGUGGGUGAUUUGGUUAAGGGGAAUGGAGAGUUGAGGGAAGGGUUGUGGGCUGAUUUGGGGACCGGGAGUGGUGCACUUGCUAUUGGGAUUGCGAGGAUUUUGGGGCCUUGGGGGAGGGUCAUUGCCACUGAUUUGAGCCCUAUUGCUGUGGCUGUUGCGUCUUACAAUGUUCAGAGGUAUAAUUUGCAGGAUAAAAUCAAGAUAAAGCUGGGAUCUUGGUUUGAACCUUUGAAGAAUGUUGAAGGACAAUUUGUGGGUCUUGUGAGUAAUCCACCAUAUAUACCGAGCGAUCAUAUUAUUGGUCUACAAGCUGAAGUUGCCAAACAUGAACCAAGACUUGCAUUGGAUGGGGGUGCCAAUGGCAUGGAUGAGCUACUCCAUCUGUGCCAUGGGGCUGCUUCAAUGUUGAAACCCGGUGGAUUUUUUGCAUUUGAGACAAAUGGUGAAAAGCAGUGCAUGGUUCUCGUGGAUCACAUGCAAAAGGAGUCUAAGAGCAGCUUCAGUGGUGUAGACAUUGUUUCAGAUUUUGCUGGUAACAAGCGCUUUGUGACUGGAUUCAGAGCAAAGUCACAUAACCCAACUAACCCAAAUGAGUGGACCGUAAAAAUAAAUUGAGGAAUGUAGAACAGCAAGUGAUAAAUUGAGGGCUCAGCCUCGGCUUAUGAUAUUGGGCUUAAGAUGGGAGUCUGGGACGGGCGAAUCUUGAUAAGGGCCUAUACGUUUCAGAAAAGGCCCAAUAUCAUGGCUCGGUUUGAUUUCUUGGAUGGGCUCGGCUUGUUGGAUCAAUUCAGAUGCCUCUCUUGGCUCGGCCCAAAAAGUUUUCGUAGGCACCUUUUCUUUUUCCUAUUUUUUCGGUGCUUUGGAAAUUAUGUAGGCACCGUCUGUUAUAUUUGAAAAUUGUCCUAUAGCUUGUUUAGACUGUUAUAUAUAGCCCGAAUCUCUGUUGCCUUGAAAAUUUUAGCUCGCAAGCUUUGAAAGACCAGUUUGGCCUGAGAUCGCCUGUAUAUUGAAAAAUUGCGUAAAAACUUUUCCAACUA